ACUUCACAUACUUUCGACAUGCGUUCCACACUCGCCUUCAGCUUCGCUGCCUUCGCUGGCUUUGCCGCAGCUCAGACCACCUCUCAGAACGACUAUCCAUACAGCAUCGACCCGGAUAGUGUCUCGUCAUCCGACAGGCGUACGUGCAAGCAUCACCUUAUGUAUGGGCUGUUCUGACUUUGCUGUAGAAUACUGGUGUGACCAGAACGAGGCUCAAUGCCCGCUCAUCUGCCUCCAGCAGCCCGGUGUCAGCUCAUCGACUACCCAGGACAACGACUGCGACCCUGACCAGUUGACCUACUCCUGCGUUUGCGAAAACGGUGUCUCCCCCAACAUCACCCAAUACUCGCAGACCCUUCCCUUCUACAUCUGCCAGGCGUGGGGCAACCAGUGUGUAGCCAACUGCAACGGCGACAACACCUGCGCCAACAGCUGCCGUGCCGACCACCCCUGCGGUGCUCAGACUCCCUACCUGGGUAACGCCACUUCGAGCUCUGUGUCGUCCACAGCUUCGGCCACUGCAUCCGCCACAACUUCCCGUGCCGUAACUGGUUUUGGUGGUGCUGCCGCCACUUCUGCCGCCGGUGGUUCAACUGGUGCUGCUGCGGCGUCCUUCAUCCCCAACGCUGCCACCAGCAUGGCUGUCCUCUUCGGCACCGUGUUCUUCGGCUUCGCUGUCCUCCUCUAAGCUGUAGACCCCCACACCUCUGUUCCAUUGCUCGAUUGCACCAUCUCUCUUCUGAAUCUUCUUCAUGCAUAGCGUCCGGGAUUACAUUACAGUCAUUUCACCACCAUACAGAUACCCAUUGGGACUUGCCGCUCAUUUGAAAGCAACCGGGA